CCCGACAUUUUUCAUUUUCAUCGUCUCUGGACAACAUUCUCCCCAAAAAAUUAAAAUUAAAAAAUUAAAAUUAAAACCUCUCUAGUACCAUAAAUUCCGAUCAGCUUCAAAGACAAGAACAAAUUAAAUAAAUUCAUUAAUGAAGGGCUUUUUGCGACCUUUAAGUAGGCUGGGAGGUUCAAGAAGCUAUGCGGGGCCGUUUAAUAAAUCGAAGCUGAGACUGGAAGGUGUUAAGGAUGUUAUCGCCGUUGCUUCCGGUAAAGGCGGAGUCGGAAAAUCAACCACCGCCGUUAAUUUAGCUGUUGCGCUAGCAAAUAAGUGCCGACUAAAUGUAGGAUUACUUGAUGCUGAUGUUUAUGGACCGUCGAUACCGACAAUGAUGAAGAUUGAUAGGAAACCAGAUGUUACUGCAGACAGGAAGAUGAUACCGAUUGAGAAUUACGGAAUCAAGUGUAUGUCUAUUGGGUUUCUAGUGGAGAAGGAUGCUCCUAUUGUAUGGAGAGGGCCAAUGGUGAUGAGUGCUCUUGAGAAAAUGCUGAGAGGAGUUGAUUGGGGAAAUCUAGAUAUUCUUGUGGUUGAUAUGCCCCCUGGCACAGGCGAUGCUCAGUUAACUAUGAGUCAAAACCUGCAAUUAUCGGGUGCUCUCAUUGUCUCAACUCCACAAGAUGUUGCAUUGAUAGAUGCACGCAGAGGAGUUCAAAUGUUCUCUAAAGUUCACGUUCCUAUCUUGGGAUUUAUAGAGAACAUGAGCAGCUUCAAAUGCCCACAUUGUGGUGAUACUUCAUAUAUUUUUGGGGAAGGAGGAACCCGGAAGACAGCUGCUUCAAUGGGUUAUGAAUUUAUCAGUGAGAUACCGCUAGAAGUAGAGAUUAGAAAAAGCUGCGAUGAAGGCGUCCCUAUAACAAUAUCAUCACCUGAUUCUGCAGUCUCCAAAGCAUAUAGUGAUGCAGCGCAAAAUGUUGUUAACAGACUCGAGGAAUUGGCAAAGGAGAAAACUUUUCAACCAGAGAUCAAUUUAUGAAAAUGAGCAAUCUGGAGAACAAUCGCCUAACUAUGGUACAAUUUUCAAAUUUUGGGACGAGAUUGAUGCAUCUUUAGACCUGCUUAGGAUUGAAACUACUCUCGAUGCUCGGUAGGUAGCUCCGCUCUGUAGGGCUCAGAAAGGCGGCGAUCAGUUUGCACCCAAUUGAGCGCGAACCGUUCACUUAUAGAUGUAACAGUUUCAGUGGAGGAUGAGUUUGUGAAAGCAGAAUAUAUCCUCUGUGCUUUAUUGACUGGUUUACAAGCACAUACCACAUAUUGUGUCGUUAUGCCUUUGCUUUUUCUAUAUUUUGUAAUGCAAAGCAGGAUUCAAAGAGGAUUAGGGAAUGGUUGGUGAUUUCUCCUUGAAGAACAAAAGGAAAUAUUAUUGGUCAGAAUUAUGUACAUGGUAUAUAUUCUCCACUUGCAUAGGGGAAAUGGGAAUUUGCAUUCUUAUUUACAAUAGACCCCUAAAAGUGGAUUAGUGUUAUCUAAAUGUGUUAUUGUAGAUCAUAACAGAAAUCAACAUUGUCUACAUUAAGCACUUCUAUUCAAUUAAGAUUACACUAAUUAAACUUUACCAACCGUAA